AUGACCUGCACACCUCUUUUAAUUUUAAACGGACAACCUAUUGCUUAUCAAAAUUGUAUAAAAUAUUUGGGGUUGAUCUUCGACUCUCAACUCUCUUGGAUACCACACCUAAACCAACUCAAAAAGGACUGCAAACAACGACUCAAUCUACUCAAAUCAUUAUCAAAUUACGAAUGGGGCGCUGACAAGAACACAUUAAAACUACUCUACAAAACAUUAAUCCUGUCCAAAAUAGACUACGGCAGCAUAAUAUACGGAGCUGCAAACAAAAAUAUUUUAAAAACCAUUGAUGCAAUUCACCACGCAGGUCUUCGUUUCGCUAUCGGAGCUUUCCGUACCAGCCCAACUAUUAGCAUACUAUGCGAAGCUGGAGAGCCCACCCUAGAACUACGAAGGGAAAAAAUCGUAAGCAACUAUGCAAUAGCUUGUAUAUCCAAUAAUAAUCACAUAAACUCUACACUUUUCACCACACAGGCCUUAAACACCCAACCACACCACCCACGAAUCAUACCACUCAACAUAAGGGCACAAAAAAUCCUUUCCUCCCUGAACAAACCUUUACCUAUCCCAACCUAUAAGUAUCCUUCCGUCACUCCUUUCUGGUUAACUAAAUCCCCUAGUACCCACCUCGAUCUAUCAGUCUAUAUAAAAACAGAAACCAACCCAAAAUUUUAUACCAACAAACUAAAUGAAAUAAUUAAUGACAAGUUUCUAAACCACGAACUCAUAUACACGGAAGGUUCGGUCAAAAAUCACAAAACUGGAUGUGCUUUCAUACACAAAGACUAUAAUGAAAUGUACCGCCUAGCGGAAGACACUUCAAAUUACACAGCCGAAGCGGUAGCUAUAAUAAAAGCCCUAAAGUACAUAAAACAAAGUGAAAAUAAACAGUAUGUGAUUCUCUCCGACUCGACAAGUGUACUGAAGUCCAUAAAAAACUGUUUAUCGCCAAACCCCCUAAUUAAACAAUUCUCCGACUUAAAUAAGGAUGUACACAACAACGGCAAGACUGUGGACUACAUCUGGACCCCAUCACACAUAGGUAUCGCAGGAAACGAAGCCGCAGAUAAGUUAGCCAAAGAAGCGACUGAAAAACCAAAUAUCGACGAAAAAGUGCUCACAACCUACGACCUCAAAAAAAGUAUCCACAAAAACCUUAGACAAAAAUGGGAAAUCCAAUGGAAAGUUUUCGACCCACUGACGAACAAACUACGAUCAAUUAGAGCCACUACAUUCUUCGAUGGCGGUUACCAUAAAUUGACACGAAGAAAAGACCAGGUGGACAUCACAAGGCUGAGAAUUGGACAUACCCGAGUUACCCACGGCCACCUAAUGAGGAAAGAGCCACCAAAAAUGUGUGAACAAUGCCAAGCCCCCAUAAUAAAAAUCACCUAA